AUGAAGGAGAAGACUUCCAACGUGCCCGUAUCGGACACCAUCAACCCUGAAAUCGUGCAGCUUCACAACUCGAUCCGAACGACGAACCAAAACCUCAAGAUCAUGCAGAAGGCCUCCAAGCAGGCGGCCGCCUCCUUUGAAGACUUCAAGCGGGCGGAGAUGUCGAUCGCCUCGGCCCUCGGCACCUUGGGGACCACCGAAUCGGCGCCCCUAUCCAACCUCUGCAGCGACCUCUCCGCCGUCAUCAGCCGCCUCUCUGGUCUCCUCGAUAUGAAAGCCAAGGACAUGUCCAGAGUGGAGAUCCCGAUCACCCAGUUCCAGACGACCCAGAUCAAAACGGCCAAGGACAUGAAGAACAGGUACGACAAGCUGCGAAUCCAGGUGGAGGCGACCAACAAGCAGCGCGUGGUCGAGGCCAAUCUCGACCAGGCCUUCCAGCACAUGACCGAGAGCACCGUCUACAAGCUGCGCGAGGUGGAGGCGCGCAAGCAGUUCGAAAUCGCGGACGUGUGCUGCGACAUGGUGACGGACCACAUCAAUUUCCUGUCGCGGAGCCUCACCAUUCUCAAGGAGCUCGAGCCCAAGCUCCAGCAGGCCAAGGCCGAGUCGCAGCAGCGGCGCAAGGAGUUCGAGGAUAAGUUCAAGGGGCCGCCGGUGAGCGAACCCGCUCUCACCAUCUCCACGGCCGACCGGCAGUCGCUCGGCCUUCCCCCUCUCCUCCGCUCCGGCGACAAGCCCCGCCACGUCGUCCGCAACUCCGCACCCGCUCCUGAGAGGACGAAGGUGUUCGGCACGGAGCUCUCGGCACUCCUCAAGCGCUCUCCCAAUUCUCGCUCAUCCAUUCCGCCGUUCGUCGACAAGGCCAUCUCCUACCUCGAGGCCAAAGGCACGUACCUUCUGGCGUAUUCGAUUCAAGUCAAUGUGUGUGGUCUCGGUGAGGAGGGUCUGUUCCGCAUAUCCGGCAACAAAGCGACGAUGGAUGACCUCCAGCUGAAGAUCGAUUGCGGAAUGGACUACAACUUUGAGGAAGAGGUAAACGAUCCACAUUGCGUGGCCGGACUGCUGAAACAAUACGUGCGCAAGCUCCCGGGCGGCCUCAUCUGCGGCAAGGCCCAACAGCGAUUCGUUGCCGCAGGAAGUUUGCGUGAAGAAAGCUUGAUGGCGGAUUACCUGGCGGUGAUGCUGCCGGCAAGCCUGCCACGCGAGAACUACGACCUAUUAAAGAGCCUCUUCCUGCAUUUCCACAAGGUCGUACAGCACAAGGACAUCACCAAAAUGACGGAAGCGAACAUGGCGACGGUGUGGGGACCUAACCUGUUUAUCACCGACGACCCUAUGACCAUGCAAGCGGGCAACCUGCCCGAAAUCGUUAAAGUUCUCAUCAAGAACGCACCCAUGAUAUUGGCGGACGAAAACCUUGCGCGGGCGAGUGACACGUACGAGGGCAAAGCCGGGUACGACCUGCAGCCCAGGAGCGCCGUGGAGUUGGAGCUGCGAACAGGCGACUCGCUCUUCGUAUGGCGCACAUUCUCCCCCGAGUGGGUCUACGCCGAAAACCAGGGUCCCGGCACAUCCAAUUACACGCCCGGCAAGCUGGACGCGGGCAAGACCCUGCCCACGCCCCAGACCCAGGGCACGCGCGUCCAGACGGCCGGGCCGGGCACCAGCGGCUACGUGCCGGGCAAGCUCGAUAUGGGCAAGGCCAUGCCCACGCCCCAGACCCAGGGCACCAGGGUGCAGGGCGUGGGGCCGGGCACCAGCGGUUACGUGCCAGGCGCGCUCGACAUGGGCAAGACCAUGCCCACGCCCGAGACUCAGGGCACCCGGGUGCAGGCCGCCGGACCCGGCAGCACCGGCUACGACCCGCAGAGACACGACGCAGGGAAGUACCUGCCUGCAAGCGGUGGCAACCCGGGCUUCGUGCGCGCCGGCUCCACAGCGUCUGGUCCGGGCACGCAGAACCACCAGGCACCUUCAUACACGCCCGGGUGGGCCACGAAUGUUUCCCGCCCGUGA